UUCUUUGACGUGGACAUGGUUGCUAUGACAACAAUUUUGUUUGAUUAUUAGGAACAAUUUUUCCGAGCAAGCGGUUGUAUUUUUGCUUAUUUUGUUAAUUUUCUGCUAUUUUUAUGAUGAGCGAUCACCAAAGGGAACAGAACGAGAAGUCAACAGCUGGAUUUUGUUCAGCGACGUGCGUGAACAAGGAGUGCCUUCAGAGAGAGAUCCAGAAACCUGAGCCUAAAACGUCGGACUUCUUUGCUACUUGCAACUUGCCAAAGAGAUUUGAACAUCCCCACUGGUUCAAUGGUUACGGCAGUCAAGUGAGUAAGCAGCAUCCAUUCUAUCGGACCAGCGCCAGCGAAUACGGGUGGUAUGCACCAGGCAUCCACUCCGUGCCGUCAGUGUUCUACCCCGCGGGCCAGACUUUCACGAACCUUCUCUCGGCGGCCGGAAUGUACCGCAACUACAGCCUUAACACCGGCAUGGACCCUCCAAGCUACACUUAACUUUUGAUAUUUAUUAUACUUAGGUACUUCUUUAUUUUGUGUUAGAUAGCAGAGGGAAAAGGAUUUCUGGUUUUUUAAGCAAAAUUGAAAGGUCUCUGCUUUACCUAUAUAGAAAUGUAUUCCUUAAAACAAUUCUUGAUGUUACUUUGUUUGUUGAAUUUACGCUCUACUUUAUAUAAAUUAUAUUUUUCUUCUAAAACUAAAAUGAAAUAUUUUGAGAAAUCGUUGGUGUAUGAUUGGUGUUCGUUUCUAUAAUAGUGGUUCUCGCCACCUAUCUUAGAAUAACAUUGUAACUGCUUUAUUUUUAUUACUUUUUUGUAAGGGAAAUUAUUUUAAUAAAUUAAUAUUUAUACUGUCAAUGUAUGCUACUACGAAACUUGAACAGCACAAAUAUUGUGAAGAA